UCCAUCUGCCUUGAUGAUAAACACACAGCUCCUCAACAUUAGCCUGAUGCGCAUCAAAGCCUUCACCAUUUUAUUCCUCUUUAUUUUCCAACAAAACAACACUUCUAACACUUUUCCACAGGAGCUGGAGAUCCACAGAGUGAGGACUUAACACAUGGACCAAACCAUCAGGAGUAUUUUGUAACAGUAAUGGAGAUGGGAACAAAAAAGUAGGAAGAAAAUUCUCUUGACACUGGAUUUCUUGGAAGCAAAUCUUUUGGAUGCCUGGUCACUGUCAGAGCGCAUGGGGAGCGCACUCCGUGGGAUUGUUUACGUGUGAGUGACACUAUCCAGCCCGUCACAGCCACACAGUAACCUCAGAGACAGUUGACAGUCCUGGAGGAGGAUGCCUUCCCUGCACCAUGGAGCAAUCUUCAUGGGAGCCUUCCUCAUCGUGACCGGGGGUUCCACAGCCUUCCUGGCCUCGUACCAGAGCCGCCUGCAGGCUUUCUCCCUCUGCUGUGUGGUGCUGGGGGUCUUCCUGCUUAUUCUGGGGCUAUUUUGGGCUAUGAAUAGCAAAAGUGCCGUGAACUACAACCACAGGGAGUACGACUCGGAGUGCCCGCAUUAUCCAUACAACGACUACACCAACUACCCAGCCCUGUUCAGUCCCCCGGGUGGCCGAUUCCCAGAGUCCCAGUCAGUGUUUCUGCCCAGGACGAUGGAACGCCACAGGCAUGGUGCUCGUGGUGAGGAUUUCGACUACCCUCCCAUGGACUCUGGUGGUUUCAGUCCAACGCCUCACCCUCCUCCAUGGCUGGGACCCCCGCCUCCCUAUGAGGUUGCCAUCAAGACCACAUGCAGCUCUACACACCUGCGACGUGCAUACUCAGACACACACCUGGCAACAGAGCCGCUGUUUGGACAGUCGAGAGAGAUCAGCUUUGAGGUUUGACUUUGGACGAUGAUGACGCCUCGCCUGUCUGCACAUCAAACCAAAAGAUAAAUAGGCACAAGACUCUGGCUUUAACUCAGAUUGUACAGGAGAUUUCAUUUGACAGCAGCAAACUUUGUCUCUCAUUUGAAGCAUGCUUCCUUCUUGGCUCCAGCAUGCUCUUCCUGUGCUCCCUAGAUACGACCCAAGUGUUAGCACACACUCAAAUAUACGGUGAAAUUAAAGGUACAUCAAGCUAAUUUCAGCAUUAUCGGACCGAAAUGAAGCACCAAGACAUUUCAUAUACUAGUUCUGACAAUUUCUAUAUAGCUCCUAUCAUGCCAUCAUGUUACAUUUUCCUUUGAUGCUGUUGCCUAGCACAUGUGAUGACUCAGGUUCUGCCCAAAGGCAACCAAAGACCCACUGAGGACCCCAAAACGAUCACCGAAAUGACUUCAAACCUAUAACUGCACUUCCCUAGAUCCCCAGCAACACAACCACAAAGUCUGAAGUAGAUCUGAUUAACGGUUGUUGGGGCCCACAAUGAGCAACCAUGUCACUGUGUCUUGAUGAACAUUAUUCAAGUGCUCGAAUCUCCACUGACAGUUUGUGACAACAUUCUUCCAUCACCUGGAAAUAUUCAUCUGGGUUAAACCUAAACUUGUAUACCACACGGGAUUUCAAGAAGCAGUUUGUUAUUUUUGGAAACCAGGGUUAUUUUCUUUCUUGUCAAUAAUCAAAUAAGAAUAUGUAUAGUAAAUAUAAAGAUGCCAGGAGGCAGUUAGCUUAGCGUAGCAUGGCUUUGUCCAAAGGCGACAUAAUCUACCUACUAGGUAGGUCAUAGCACAAUGUAUCUCAUUGGUUCCAGGUUACAUGCUAGACUAUUUUGUAGCUAAAUUCAGUGAUGUGCAUCUUUUAUGCGAAGUAAAGCUAACACAGGCCAGACACUUCAAAUACACAAAGACACAAAGCAGCAGAGGUGUAGAUUUGAGGUUAUUAUAACUUCAGGUUUAACUCUGGGUUUUCGGUACUACGACGGAUUAAUUUCAUACCAGAGGUCUCCCAGAUAUAGACCAAGAAUAAAAAUGUUAAUAAUAAUAACAAUGUACAGGAGAGUGAAUAAAAAGAGAAAAAAACAAAAACAGUAAAUAAGGUCUGCAUAUGUUGGUGUCCAUCUCUUAAUCUUAGGACUGUGUAACUUUUAACCUUUAAUCUCUGUAAAGAUAAGCUUAGACACCCUUGAGGUGUAAUAAACAUCUUUUUUUUGCUCACAGAACAGUUGAUGGUGACAUAAUUGCUUCCAUAUGCUGCAACAAUUGCUUAAAUACACUUCAGAUUUGUUUCCUAAUGCACCUACUCUGGCUGGCAUAGAGGUACAGUACCAUUAACACUUUUGUCUGACAGCAAGAGGGCUGGAGGGUGAAGAUAUUCAGGGAGAAAUAGAGUUUUUGGUUGGCUUAUUUCCAUUCUGUGCAAUAGCAAUUCAAACAGUGCUGACGCGAACAGAACUUAAUACAUGUCCACACAUACAUGUCCUGUUACUUCUUCCAUUACACUGAGGAGCAGAGGCAUCAGAAUUUUUAGCCUUUUAAUUGGUCAACAUGGCUUUAGGGUGAGGAAUAUUUCUCCAUUUGUUGGUCUGGAAUGUGAUUCCAUUGUGUGAUUUCCUUUUCAAGUGGAUGGAGUGUUUUUGGGAUCAGGGAGGAUAAAAAACAUUUCAGAAAACACAAUAACAUGUACGUGUGGACUUGGGGUGUAUACUUGGCGCUUGAUAAAAAGGCAGAAAUUAAGAUCAUGCUAACCUGCUGUACUCAAGUUCGUUUAAGGACACCAGUUGCCAUGGUAACAGAAAGACUCAGGAAAUCCAGGAUUUCCUAUAAUUUGAGUUCAACAGAUAAGGAUAAUUCUCCUCUCUGGGAUUCAAACCAUGCAGCCGUUCUCUGAAAAUGGCAGGCUUGAGAUCGUGAACAAAUGUUUCCCUCAUCUUUCAGUUUGUGUCCCACACAUGUACUCAUCAGCUUGUUGAAAGCAAGGGAACGAUGACUCAUCUGACCAUGUGAGUUUUUCCACUGCAGCUCUCUAGCAACACCGCCUGUGCUUUAAGUGUCACAACUGUAACCAUAAAAUCGCUGUAUUUUAAAGGAUCGGAUUGCUGUUUUUGCAUUUCCAGAUUUUUUUUGUGUGUUUUAUCCUUCCUUCGAGCCCCUGUUCCUAAAGCAUCUAUUUGGCUAUAUGGGAAUCAAUUUGCAGACCCCUUAAAGUUGUUUCUCUUUCAGUGUGAGACUUUCAGGUGCUGCCUGGAAUCUACAACUUUCAAGAUGUGAGGGCUGGUUGACCUAAAUGCACUCAAUUUUUAUAAGUCAAAUACGGAAAUUCAAACAAGAAAGUAGUGAAAAGUAAGCCAGCAGGAGAUAAUAUUGAAGAACUCAGAUUCACAAGAAUAAAAAACAUUAUUUGCCAUAUAGACCCAUUUACUGUAGGUAAAUAAAGAGGGCUGCGUGCGCACCCUGGCAACGGAAGUAUGGCGGCUAGCAGUGGCUUGUCAAGCCAUGCGGGUGCAUUAUCAGUAAAAGAUCGCGAAAAAUACUUUAAAAAGAUCACUUUAACAAAUGGCAAGAGGCUCCCAGAUCCCUGUACACUUACCGAACGGGACUAUGACGUUAGUAAGUGGCCCAAUAUUCAGUGACCUGAUAUUUAUUUGUAUUUAGUUGAAAAACCUAGAGUGUGCACUAGAGAGAAGCUGCGAGCAUACACAUCUAUGGAGGCCUAUGAUUACGCAAUUCGUGGACAGGUACAGGUGAGAUACAAGGAUACUGACAAAGAGUUUUGUGUUUUGAUGUCUGAAAUCCUACCCAGCCAAAGGCAAGGGCAGAAGACUACGAUGUAUGAGGCAUGGGUGAUCAUCAACAAAGUGGAGAACUACAUACACACAGCAAACUGUACCUUUAUGGCGGCGACUCCAGCCGCUUUAUUAUUUAUGUCCCCCUGUCACAACAGUCAACAGGGCUUUUAUUAGUGGCUCUAAUCAUGUGGGAACCGACAGCUCGUCAGUAUAUUUUGCACUGAUUUCACUUUAUUUGCCACAACAGAGCACACGCGUGCAUUGUUGACGGUAUCCUCCGUCCAAUCCGCUGGCUUGAUAGUCUGGAGCCACAGCCGCCUUCGGUUGCUCUGAAACGGCUGAGAGCCCAUUGGCAUGCGGUAGAACUUAUGUCCCUCUUGAGCAUUUCGGUUUGUACAACCAAAAACACAACAGCCUGACAUUAUGAUGCCGACAGUUCAGUGUUAGCUUUUAGUUUUGCUACUCCGUGUGGUACGAACAAUGCCAGGUAAAUGAUAUGAAGCGGUACUUCCGUUGCCUUGAUGCGCACGCAGCUUGUUGAUGACGUAGGCUCUGAUGGGGUCUAUUGAUCUAUUUUUGUCAAUCACAGAUGAUUAAAUCAAUGAAGCCAACAUUGUAAACAUUAUUAUGGUUUAUAUAAGCAUGUCUGUCUCUGCAAGUUGAUUUUCAAUCAGUAAUGAAACAAAAGCACUGACUCAGUAGUCUCACAGUUCCAAAAUAUUUGCAUAUGAAGUCUGUCAGAAACGGAUUGAUGGCCAGUGACAGUGUUGUCAGCUCUUACACUCAUAUAAAUUUGUUAAACUGAACAGUUUUGAGAGGAGAAAGAUGCUGCAUUAUAGUCUUGUGAUCUCUAACAGCACAAACACAACUGAUUUCAGCCAAUAUAAUCACAGACAACCAUGUGGCUUCGAAUUCUGUCUCUUAUGCCUUUGAAUGUGCAUGUAUCUUUCAGUGGUAUGCUUUAUUCUCUGAAAAGCCGUUCUCGCAACACACUCUCACAGUGAUUGCUGUGAGAGUGUAUAUUCAACUUUAUUUAAUAAAACAGUGAUGAAGGACGUGG